CUGCGCACUAGGCUGCUGUUAAGGAAGUGCCUGAGUGAACAGAUACACCGCUGCGUAAGGAAAGUACGAAAGGCAUCGAAUCGGCACAGGGAGCCCGGACAGCUCACUCAAAAUGUCGGGAUUCGACAGUAACCCUUUCGCGGAGCCGGUGGAGGUCAAUCCAUUCCAGGAUCCCUCAGUCACACAGCUGACAGCUCCCAGUACAGAACCAAUACAAGAAUUCAACCCUUUCUCAGAGACCUCUAAUUUGACAAAGCCCUCUGCCCGGACAACCCCUUCCCAGCCAGCAGUGUUACAGCCCUCAGUGGAGCCCAGUCCACAGGCCACAGCAGUGGCAGGCCAGGCCAACCUCCUGAGACAGCAGGAGGAGCUGGAGAGGAAGGCUGCAGAGCUGGACCGCAGGGAGCAGGAGAUGCAAAGCAAGGGCUUUUCCUCCACUACACAGAACAACUGGCCACCGCUACCAAAGAACUGUCCGAUAAAGCCUUGCUUUUACCAGGACUUUGCAGGGGAUAUUCCUGUAGAAUUCCAAAGGGUUUGCAAGAUGAUGUAUUACCUUUGGAUGUUUCACUGUGUGACCCUGUUCCUGAACCUGCUGGCCUGCUUGGCGUACUUCACUCUAGGUUCUAGCAAUGGGGUGGACUUCGGCUUGUCAAUCCUGUGGUUUGUCCUCUUCUCCCCCUGUGCUUUCCUCUGCUGGUACAGGCCUGUUUAUAAAGCCUUCAAGUCUGACAGCUCCUUCAACUUCUUUUUCUUCUUCUUCGUCUUCUUCUUCCAAGUGGCAGUGUACAUCAUCCAGUCAGUGGGCAUCCCUCACUGGGGUAAUAGUGGCUGGAUUACUGCCAUUUCUGCGAUUCAGACUAACUUGGCUGUCUCCAUCGUCAUGAUGGUCGUGGCAGGAUUCUUCACAGUCUGUGCAGUGCUGUCUGUUAUUUUGUUGAAGAUGGUGCACUCCUUGUACAGGAGGACCGGCGCCAGUUUCCAGAAGGCCCAGCAGGAGUUCUCCCAGGGAGUCCUCACCAACCGGACCUUCCAGAGUGCGGCUACUUCAGCUGCCUCUUCUGCAGCCCAGGGUGCCUUUCAGAGGAACUAACCUAGCUGGUCACUCCACCUUCUCCACUCCUGCGUCACCCCAGCCUUCCUUUUCACAGAGACGCACUUUCACAGAAUUCCAGCGGCUGCAUUGUGUGCCUGCCCUGAGAAAACUCUCGUCUCGUCUGUGUUUGGUUUUGAAAAGUAAGACUCUUGGCGGGGACACUACAGAACAGUGGAAUUGUCUCCACUCCAAAAGCAGUUCCAGAGAACAGGUGGAGCAAUUGCAGUGUUCUCUAGUACAGGGGUUCUCAACCUUCUGUGGCAGGGGUGACCCCCUUUUGAAGAAAGCGAUCUCAAUUAAGAGCUCCAGAUGAGCACAAGUAAUUCAUUGAAAAAUGUAAUGAUUAUUUUUGAUUAAGUAUUAUGAGUUGAAUUUUAGGUUAAAAUAUACACUUCAAGCAUUGUCACUGCAGAUGUGUUUAGUAUUGGAUUAUUAGUUUUACACACUACAGAACAGGGAGUGAAAUUCUUCCCUUUGUUUCUGAAGGUGAUCUCUGAGGACCCUGAGCUGUCCCCAGAUCCCUGGUUGAGAACCACCUCUCUAGUACAUAUUGGCACUAUUACCUUAGUAAUGGUUUGUUUAGUGUGUUAUGUGUGACUUUUUUUCUCCACCCCCUAGUUUAAGGUCUUUGCAGUCUUUGUGUCACAUGGAGAAUGCACUUUUCUUUUGAUUUUCCUGAUGAAAAGAUCUUGACAACUUCUUUUCAAGCUGAAACCAUGGAGGGGGAUGUGUGCACUGGCGCUGCUGUCCCAGAAGCCCUUGGUAAGAGCAGGGGUGUUUGAUUUUGGCAUUGCAGUAUGUGACCUGCUAAGAAGGAAAAGGAACACCAGCGGAAAAUGUUAUUUUGCGAAUCAAGCCGAAUGCCUGGUUAAAAAAAAACAACUAAAAUAUUAAUUUUACCAAGUGGCAGUUUUUCCUUCACAUGGGGGGGAAAAAAGCAUUUAAUCUGGAUAAAACUGAAGUUAAAAGUUGGAAUAAGAAGCUUUCUAUGUGUCAUGUUGCCUUCAGCAUAUCCGGCUUGGGGAAAUCCCUCUCUCUGGACAGAAUGCUUUAGACAUUGAUUCUUAAAUCAUGUUAAUAGACCUCUACAAUAGCAAAACUAGGAGAAACAGCUGGCUUGUCAUCUAAAUGACAAUCCUGAGGCGUCCGUGAACGAAAAUCUAAUUGUACUGCAGCUCAUGAAGCCAGAGCACACAUACCUUUUAAUCCAUAAGUGCAGACAACUGGUGUGAGGGGCUAGAUUACAAAGCACAGGAUCAAUCAUGUUUAGAUAUACUGUGUGGUAACUUCUUGUCGCUGCUUCUGAUUUCCGGACAGGUAUUCAGUGGCCAAUGUUUUACUAACAGGGCCAGGGAAGGAUGUUAUCUAUAUUUAACAACUUCCAAAUUUUAAAGUGUAUCUUUAACACACUUAAAUGAUAUGGAAAUCUGAGAUAAGGGCUGAGGACACAAUUCUUACAAAAAAAAAUGUAACCAUGUCCAAAGUCCCACUGAAAUUCUUUCUUCAUGGAGUGUGGGAAGCCAGCCCUGGGUGCAGUUAUAGUUUGACAUUGUGCUAAGUGUUUUUGAUGUCAGACAUGCAGAGAUACUAAAAUAACCUGCCAGUGUUUUUCUUUGUGAUCAUGGCUGAUUAAAAGGAGUAAACGAGUGUCACAAUGAGUUUAUUUUUGGAAAAUAAAAGUUGAAACAACGUGUUUUUAAAGACAAGGGCAAGUUUCAUCGUGUGUCCACCAUUAUGCUUCUUUAAGGUACUUUGCACUAAUGGGGCCUUUUCAUAAUGUAGGAGCUUGUUUUAAUUAUUAGACUAAAGUGGUAGUAUCACUUUUUAAUAUAUAGGCCUGGAAGGGCAUCAUUUUGUGAUUCAAUAGGAAAGACUUUGCAAUCUUUUUCUACAUGGAGAAAAGAGAGGCAACUAGAAACUGGAGAAGUUUUCACAGAGAAAGGAUGAAUGUAUUUAUAUUACAGAACAAAUCUGCUAAGAGAAACUGAUCCAUUCGGCACAGAUCUAAUAAAUCAGUGCAACAAAGUAAAUCUGCCACUUUAACUAUUAAAAAAGGUUUAAGGUGUGAAAUCUAUGUGUAUUUUAUUUUUCACUUUAUAGUGAACUCAUAGAGUUCAGUGUAAUUCAUUCAGAUGACCUUGGUUUCCAAUUAUGAUGUAAUACCUGUUGUUAAUUAUAUUGGUGUUGUAGAGGCCUUAACAUGUGACAUGAUGAUGUUAUCUUAGAAAAUAAAUAAAAUUAAUUUUGUGUGUAUUUAGCUCAUGAAAGCCCCUGAUUUUAUACUGCAGGUCAAGUGUGAAAGACUGCAGUAAAGAUUACAUCUGUGUUUUUUGUUUUAGAAAAAAAACAUUUGUGUGGUUGUCUGCCAUUUGACAGUCUCCAUAUACUACAUGAGGACCACAAUUUCAUUCCAUAUUGUGAGAUAUUUAUUAUUUCUGGUCGCUUUAUUCUACAGUUGCAUGUUAAAGAUUCUGGACUAAAUGGCCUGGCUGACUAGUCAGUUGGCCAUCUUAAUUUUUUUUUAUGGGGAUGGUUGGUGAGGAGAUUGAAUGUUUAGACCAGAGAAGCCACUAAGGCUUAAUAUAAAAUUGUAGGUUUUUUUAUGGAAGUGUCCUUUCACAGCUUUAAACAAAAGUGUUUUCUUUGUUAAGAUGUGUAAGGGUUUUUAAGGUAAUGCCAAGAUAUGUACUAUGUGCUAUUUCAAUAUGGAUGUUAUAGGUAAGAGGUUCCUCAACUCUUUGUGUACAUGGGGAGCAUUCUUCCAGCUAUAGUUUCUGAUUCAAGUUGGUUAAAUUUAUGUGAAAGCAAAUUGGCAUAGAAUGAUAUAUGAAGUAAUGAAAUUAUAUGUGCUAAAUUAUAAAAAAUCAUUAUGAAGGGUUAAUACCUCAUCUAAAAAUCUAGGUUUCGAUUUUGAUUCUGCAUGGUUUCUAGCUUUUACUAGCGACCACCUGGAUGGUCUUUUUGGAUCCAGUUUGUUUACCACUAGGCUGAUGGAAGAAGAUAAAACCAAAACAAUGUGUAGUUUCUGUAUUGAUGCAGGAUUAGGUUUAAGACACCCUCGCUCGUUCUUACUAUGUUAGAUGAUAUUGCCUCCUUUGGAAGUUAGGUUUAUGCUUUAUGCUCGUGCUGUAUUUUCUGUAUCUACAUGUCAAUCCCAAAAUUAUUAAUUAAUAAUACUUAUUUUCUUCAGCAUUCUUGAGUUUCACAUACAGUAUCUUUCUUCUUAGUUCUAGAAUCCACUCAAGUAUAUGAUGUAGAUAAUGUAAUGUUCAAUAGACAAUAGAGCUUUGAUGAUUUCUCUGUCUCAGAAAAAUACUUUCAGUGCACGACUUAUCCAUUUUUCCUCAGAACAUUUGAAAAAAUUUGUGAAUGGAGACAAGAGUGUUGCUCAGACCUUGUUAGUGUGUUUCUCACUCUGUUUUUUUCUAUUUUGAGUGUCCUUGCAUCAAAUGUACAAGUCACAUAUUUGAAGUGAUUAAAUACUGAAUGAUAUUGGAAAUUCCAGGGUCACGUUCCUGUGAGGUUAAUCAUGGUGUUAGUUAAUUGACCUACAAUUGUUAAGACAAUUUGAACUUCCAAUUUUUUUGUCAUUGAAUAUCCAGAAUUUUGAAUAAGUACAAACAAGGUCCAGUUUAAAAAAAUAUAAAAUAUUUGCUAGAUUUUCUUAAAAUUAAAGAAUAAAUAUCCGUAGGUCAUCUAGGAAGAAAAUCUUUCCUCUAUUCCAGUGCAUGGCAAUGUUAUCUGAGCUUCCAUGAUUUUCACGAUGACCUGGUUGAAAAUGGACUGUAUUGUAAGACUAUACACUGUAGGACUGUAUUUUUUUGUCUCCUCAUUAUGAAGGUCAGUUUAUUUUUCGAAAAUUGUAUUACAAGUUUGAACAUUAAAAUAAUUAAAUUUCAGUACUGCAAUGGAAAGCUCUGUUCUAUUUUUGCCCUUCGUCCAUAGGCCCGCGUUGAGCCAUAAAGAACAUUGCAAUCACUGUGUUGUAUUUAGGUGCUGUUGCAUAUACACAGACACAUCCUUUACUGAUGGUUUGUAGUGCAGGAAUUCUCCAUUUAUUUUACAGAUUUCUAAAAGCACACAAAGAUCUGGGUGAGAAUGUUAGCUGUCUUUGUUGCAAAUGAGUUAUUAAAAUGUUUUGAGUGUCAGUGUCUUCUUUAUUUGUAUGACUGUACAUGUAAAGUCUGUGAAAUAACCUUUUUUUGCUCAAAUAAAAAAGUGUUGUAAGGAU